AGGGGGAAAAAGAGUUUUGCUUUAUUGCAUAGAAAACUAUAUAAAUUGUAUCAUUCCUUAAUUAUUUAUGUUGAUGCUUAAAUUAAAUUAUUAUGCAUAACAAAGACUGACUUUUUCAGAAUGAUGACCCGCCUUUAAUGAGGAAAUGUUAUCGUGCAAUGCAACAUAUUGAAGGAGACACCAUCAGAGUUAGAGAUUGCGUUUUACUGAAAUCGGGACCUCGGAAAACAGAUUUGCCUUUUGUGGCAAAGAUUGUGUCAUUGUGGGACAAUCCAUACGAUGAUGAAAUGAUGAUGAGUUUGUUGUGGUAUUAUCGACCGGAACACACGGAACAAGGAAGGAAAUAUUACCAUAGUGAAGAUGAAAUAUUUGCAUCUAAGCACAGAGAUGUUAAUAGCGUAGCCUGUAUUGAGGAUAAAUGUUAUGUUCUUACAUUUUCGGAAUAUUGCAGGUAUAGAAGUAGAUUAAAAAUACUAGACGAAAGCAUAUGUUUGAAAGUUUCAGUUGUUCCCAUUUUGGAAGAAGAAUAUGCCAGGAAAAAUCGCUUACCUCCGGGUCAUCUCUCAUCAGAGAUAGUGUUUUUUUGCCGAAAAGUUUACGAUUACAGACAGAAGCGCAUUUUGAAAAAUCCCACGUAGCCAACAACAAGAAAUAUCAGCCACAAAUUGUGCCAGUUAACAAAAAUUGUGAUACCUGUGCUUAUUAGAUAUAUAGUGACAAUUGCUUUCAUUAGUAGCAACUUAGUGUUUAAAAGAAAUGAAAAUUUGUAUAAGAUGACUGUACAGUUAUGUUGAGGUCUUGUUUUCCUUUCUUUUAAUUUAUCUAUUUAUCUUCUUCUUUUUUUUAUACACAUAGGGUUGAGGACCAAUCAGUGAAACCAUUCACUGUACUGUUGUCAAAAUAUCAUCGAUAACUUAUUUUAUAACAAGAGUGUUUGUAUGUGAUGUAUUGGUACACACUUAACAUUGUGUUUCUUCUGCCCUGUUUAACAAAGUUUUUAAUUUUAUUUUAAUCUGAAAAGAUAAACUAAUAUAUUAUGGGAAUAUAUAAAUUUAGUGCAUGUGAAAUUAUAAAUUGUUAAUAUUAAAUCCAAUUUUAUAUUUAUUUACAUGUCCGAGGAAAUAAUUGAAUAGUCAAGAAUUGGGAACACAGAAGUCAACAUUUUUCAUUGCAAAAUGACUCCAGAUUAAAUAUUUUAUCCAAUUACUAUGCACAGUGAUGUUACACUUUUGUAUUUAUAACAGUAAAAAUCCAGAAUAAUAAAAAAAAAAUUACUAGAAAUGUUUGUAACUGGAAGGCGAAAGCAAAGUAAUUCAAAAUCUUCUUAGUACGUCUUUUCUCGUAUCACAGAAAUUUAAUUAAAUACAAGUGGAAUUAACCUUUUUUAUGGGCUAUUCCCAGCCUAAUACUGUGUAGAAGUCCUUUCCGCUUGUGUUUCUGUUCCUGUUUGAGAAGAAUGUACUAAGGAAACUUCAAAUUAUCUUUACACAUGCCUUCAAAUUGCAUACAUUUUUAUUAUUUUGGUAGUUGCUUGUUUCUACAAUUAGAAAGAAUACCCUCUGUUUGAAUAGUGUUGAUAUAUGUUGUUACAAUUAUGCUUGAUGUGUUUUAUAUCAAAAUAUUAUAGAUGAUUUAACUAUAUGAUAUUGAAAAUUUGGUUCAAAUCAGAAAAAAAAUAUUACAUAAUGUAAAAUUUAAUUUUUAAAGGAAAAUGUAAAUAAAAAAAAAAAGAAUUUGUCAAAUGAUAAAGUUGAGAUUGACUGUUUUUAAACAUUACUCUAAAUUAAUUUAUAUUAAAAUAUGAUAGCAUCCCGAAGCUACUUUUCUUCAAAAUUGCUUUGAAAAUUCCAUUUAUCCAAUUACUUUAAAAUCACUAAAAGCAUUUAUCAUUUUAAAUUUAAACCUUUUUAAUGAGAGUUCUAUAGGCACACACUUGGAGUAGGUGGGCAGAGCAGAGAGGAAAAAUUCUGUCUGCAUUAUAACUUAUGGAUAUGUGUAUGGGAGGAAAUCUUGCAUUCAGUUUGUCUUGAGCUGUUGGUGUCACUAACCUAGGGUACCCAGCUAUUCCUGUAUAUGCCACUUACAGAAAUUUUCCCUUUUUUAGUGGAGUGCUGUCAUUUGUGUCAUUUCUUUUAUUUGUUUUUUUUUUUUUAACAAAUUAACUAAGUUACAUCUACAUUAAUUUCUCUAGGUCAAAACUGAAAAAUUAUAUAAUUUACAGCAUCCUCUUUUAAUAAUAGGCAGGGUACCAAAAAAAUGUUUAUUUGAAUACUUCUUUUGCUCCAAACUCUGCUUGAUUGCCACUGCAAUGCAACCAAGUGAGCAAUUCUGCCUGCUCUGUCCACUCCAAAUGUCCUAUCCAUCCAUCCACACAUCCAUCCGAAGUGUGUGCUUAUCUUAUCUUUAAAACUAUUCUGGAAAUAUUGCAUGACAGAAUUAUUAAAUUUUUUUUUGCUAACUACUGGCAGCAGAAACUAUUUCCACAGGAGUCACUGUUGUUGCAUGAAUGGCACCAUAUUUUUAGAAGUUUGUGGGAAGGGCACAUUUGUUUUCCACUGUAUCCUUAAUACAAUCACCACAAAUGUAUAAAAUUUGAAAAUUAUUAUAGUUGCUAUUUCCUAAUUUUGAUCUGUUGUAUUUAAGACAUGUAGUGGCCUACUUUUUAAUUAUUUGUUUAAUAUUUGCAAAAUCCUUAAUUUACAGUAAUGAGAUGGCCAAUUAAUGUCUUUUUAUAUGCCCAAUAACUUAUCUAGUCAGUAUACUAAUUUUACUUUCAGUAUAUAAUGCCUAAAGCUCCUAGUUACAGUCCUAGAAAAAUAGAAAAGGCUUCGUGAAAUUAAGAAUGAAACGGGAUCGGAUAUGACGUCCCACAGACGAUCUUACAAUUUAAAGUAAAGCGCCCCAAAUUAAAAGCUACUUGCAGAACAUCGCCAAUAUUAAUGAUCAAUGACAAAAAACAGUCUUAUUCCAAGAAAAAAUGAAGUAUGCAACAAUUCUUGCAGGAUUAUCCUCGAGAACCCUUUUUAAGAUAAUUGGCCUGCGGAAGGCUGGCUAAAAGGCAUUUCUGUAGAGAGAUCUGGAGAUUGUAACAACUGGACUACUGAAGCUACGAGUGCAUGUGUUUCAGAAUCUGAUAUAAUAAAAUAGUUUGUUGCCGUUUACAAUUAUUUAAAAGCAAAACAGCUGGAAAACUUGUUGAAAGAUACUUUGAGAUUAUACAAUAGUGACAAAACAGGAUUUCAACUUUGCCUUAUAAAGUGGAAAGGUUUAAGAAUGUUUAUUCCACCAAGUAUGAAUCAUUGAAAGAAAAUAUAACAGUAACACUCAAUGUUCUUGAUAAUGUCACAUUUAUAUAUCUAAUUGAAGAGGAAAAAGUCAAGAUGUUCAGAAAAAUUAAAGAAAGUCAAACAGAUGAAUAUAAACAAACAUUCAUCAUUAUCAUAUAUUGUUUGCAGAAAUGUUAAACGAUGCAAGUACUGACCAACUUAGAAAAAAAAUGCCAACAUAUCUCUAAAUGAACUUGAAGUAAAAAGUGCUAAUACCAACAAAUUAUCUCAAAACAAUUUUGCAGAAAUACAAUGCAUUUUUCAUAUGAUAGAUUAAAAUGAAUCACAAGAGGAAAAGUGAACAGAAUAUAGAGAUUUUCAUAUUCCAUAACAUAUUUUGAUGUAAAGACAAAAAAGGAGGCAACUAAAACAAGUGCACAAAAAGAAGCUAUCAAAGCUCAAAAAUUACAAACAAGAUACAGAAAGAAAAUAUCUACAACAUGCAUAGGUGUGUACGUGACAACUAAGAAUAGUCAUCAUCCUAGGUACAUUCCAAAACAUCACCAACAAAAGUUAUUCCUUGCUCAAAUGACUACGACGAGUUGUAUAAUCGUUACCCAAAGCACAAAGAUCAAUAAUUGUUAAUAAAGAUUAUGUAACAUCUCAAUAAAUACAUGCGAUUUGA